CACACCUUAUACUCUCACGCGCGCGCGCACAAUAAUUUCUCCAUCAAACCUAAUUGACACAUCAAUUUCGUCUCAUUCACACUCACACACACAGUCUUUCCUCACAGCCGCUGCUACAACAUCUCAUCGAUUCACACACAUCGCCGCUGCCGCUGUGCCGACAGCCUUUCGUCUCCUUCCCUUGCCGAUCUGUUAGCCUCUCCUUUCCUCACGCUCAGCUGCUGUGCCGAUUGGCUCACCACCACCGCUUUUCUAUUUUUCUCCUACGCCGCACCGACCCGCACCACGCACACCCCUAGAUGAAUCUAUCGCAAAUGACUUCUCUUUCGGGAGCUUUUUCUCUCGAGAACUGUGUCUCAGAAGGAUUCAUCUGCAAAGCAAAAAGCCUAUGGACCCAUAUCUUCAGUUUCGCUCAGGCAAUGUUGAUACAUACACCAAACAGAGUGACCAAACACCAAACAGAGUCUUGCUCUCCCACUCUCUCUCAUAGUCGCUCACCGUCGGUCAUUCACCAUCUCCUCGGCUCCCAUCGACAUUCAGAUACAUACACCAAACAGAGUCUUGCUCUCCCUCUCUGUCAUAGUCGCUCACCGUCGGUCAGUCACCGUCUCCUCGGCUCUCAUCGACAUUCAGCCAAAGAGCAAUUCUAAUCUUCAUCAACUCACACAAUUCAACCAAGUUGGGGAUAGAAGCAUUCAACACACACUCAUUACUCAUCUUCCAUAAAGACCACGAAACAGCCAAUGGUAUAGCCCUCCAAAUUUUCCUCUCCUUUUUCAAGAAACCUACCUCCCUCCCACCAAUGGAAUAGACUUUCAGUUGUACCUGGCAAGGCCCCCUGUACAUCCCACCAAUUUAACAUUGUAGCCCAUAUUCUCUAAGCCAAGAGACAAUGCAACAGUACAUGGCCCACAGAUUCAUCUUCAUUUUUUCAAAAAACAUAGGAUUGGGACAUUGCCUUGAAGAACACCUAUCCUUCGAAGAAAAUCAGCAGUCUUAACUCUGUUUUCCCAUGCUAACCAGCCAAAAAAUUGUACUUUUGAAGGUACAUACGUGAUUCACACUAGCUUGGUUGUUUCUUUUACUUGUGAUGAUUGACUUGUACCCAAAGCUUUUACGAUUAUAUUAAUGGAGGGAUAUUUGAAAAGGUGGAGGUUA